GCUGCUAACGACACUCAAAAUUGCACAACACAGCCUCCAGUUUCGAAAGAAAAUUUGCUUCAAGGCGAUGAGGAACACUUCCAUGUGAGUCAAAAGGAAUUCAACCAACAGGCAGAAGAAAGAGAGCAUGUGUGGAGGCCACGCCCUGAAAAAGGAGUCCUUGUUAAUGAUGGUAAGUAGGUAACAGGAAGCAACAUGGCUGAACAUUUUUAUAAAAGGCUGAAAGGUUAAGUCAUUAUCAACACAUUUGUUUCAGACCGAUGACUCCUUUUAAUGGUUAGCGAUAAAUUCGUUUCUGAGUAAACAACUCGGCCAAGCCCCUUUCAAUAUCAAGAUUGUUUUUAAAAGUUGAAUGUCAAGUUAGGAUAGAUUCUGGGGAACCGUUUCCAACCCAUAGCAGCCUGUCUUAAACAAGUCAAUAUCCCUUACAAAGUCCAAAAAACAGUGUAACAGGUUAGGUCAGGUUUAUCGAGAGCGGCGAGUAUUUUGUGUUGUAUUCGGAGUAACGCGAGAAUGAAAAUGCUCCCUCAACGUUAACGGUAGGUAAAUUGGCCCUCGAAGGCUUUCUUACAAAAGGAGGGAUAAUGUGUUUUCUCAAGGAAUUUGGCCAUCACGGGUGUAACAUUUGCUCAGCGGUAGUCAUCACUCUAAAAUUUUUACACUGAAAUUACGAAUGUGGCACAUGUUAAAAAAAAUUCUGCUUACUUUGUAGCUCACUGUGGUUGAUUCGUUAAUUGCAAGCAGACUUGAAAGAAUUUGCAUCUCGCUGUGGUUGUGAUGCAUAGUAAUAUCUCCUGCCAAAAAAAAAGUUGUAUUAGGAAGCAAAUAAAUUAUUUGAGAACAACUGUUGGUUAUCAUUUUGCUAGAUGCCAAAGAUGUUGUGAUGAAGCAUGAACAUUGAAUGUUCCUAUGAUAAUGUGGUUGCUAUGAAACAAUGCAAACGGCGUGAGACAAUCUCUGGUGCAGAACAUUUUUGGCUUCAGAUUACUGGCCUCGGCCUUAAUAGAGCCAUAGUGGACGAUUCGCUAAGUUGAUGUGGGACAAGGGGUUGGGAUUAUUUUCUAACUUCGACUCUGAAAUUCUCAGUAGAUGGAAAUUACAUAUGGACAAUUCAAUCAUUUCUGGAGAACCCAGAUCAGUUCAUUCAAGAGAUGGACAAGACCACUGGCAUUGUUAAGAAGCAGAGGGAAUUUUUCAUUUUGAGUGCAGUGCUUCCAGAUCUUGAAAAAUCCUGGGGAGAGUGCUUAACCUCAAAUGACCGCGAAGAAGUCUGCAAAAUUUUGGCAAAAUUAACUUGCAGUUUAAACAGUGGUAAAGUUGUCAGACGUGCAUUGCAGCAGCUGUUUCAUCUGAUCUGCAAAGAAAAUUUUGGGAGCAGCAACGAAAACUUGAUGGUUGUCGAAGAAACUAUUAGAUCUUCGAUUCUAUCAUCCGAGAGAUUAUUUAGCAAGGAUGAACAUUCGGAGCAAAACCUCAAACUCUUUGUGUACAGCCGUAUUUUAUGGUUAGCUCUAAUGCAACAAGUCUUGCAAGACAAGAUGCUCGUUGUGGACAGGAAAGAAGAUCUGAAAACGAUGCAAGAAAAGCUAAAACGUUUGAGAACCAAAAGAAAGGAUGUUUUUCGCUACUCACUGGAGUUAAUCCAAACUACCAUCUCUCAUCUUUUGAGACUGCACAACAAAUCAACAGCGACAAAAAAGUUAAUUGACUCCCUGAAUGAAUGUCAAGAGUUUUGCGGAAAAAAAGAAAUUAAAAGCGAGGACUUAAAUGUCCUUCGGAAACUUAAUCAGGAGAAGAGUAAGAGUUUCCAACCAACUAAAAGAAAUGAGUGGUUCAAUUUGCACUGUAUACUGAUUCACCUACACGGAAUGGUAAGUCACUUCUGCGACGAAUAGUACAUAAUAAUCGAAAAUUAAACUUGCUGAAGCCUAUUUUCGCACUUCAUGCUUAUAUCUUUUAUUUAAUCUAUUAAAAGUUUUCCCUCGUGUCGAGAAAUUAUUUUAAUACGCUAUUUUGCCUCUAAGAUUAGUAAAAAGUAGUACAUCUUACAUGAAUCAUCGCUGUUGGAUUAGAAUCUAAUGUUUAAUCGAGAGUGUGACAUUCAAGUGGUAUCAUCCUCUUUCAUAAAUAAUUAGUUUUUUAGUCCGAUGAACAGAUUUCAUAGCUUUAUGUGAAUUUGAAAGUUGAAAAAGAACAGACAUUAUGGUCUACCUCCACAGGUCUUUCCGGGUAACCCAACGAGGCUCCCUUGCUCUCACUUUAGAUUUUUCGGCAAAGGGUGUUUAUUGCCGUUUUCUCGUGUGUGCUGUUGUGUCUUAGUUGUUUUAAAAUUUGACAUAUCUUUGUUUUUUGUAUUGUUCAAUUUCUCAGUUUGUUUAAUAAGGUUAUGCAAUGCUCAUUGCUACUUAAUGUAUAUAUUUAUGUUUAUUCAUUCAUUCAUUUGUUUCUUUAUUCCUGUCCAUCUCUUUAGGUGCACAGUGAAACUUCAGAAACCGGGAAACGGGCUAUGAACCUCAUUAAACUGGUAACUGAUGCAUAUUUAAUGGAAGGAGGUGGAGCCGACUGGAGGUUUUGCCUACUGGCAUCGUCAAUUUUCGUUGAAAUUACGAACAACAGCGUUAAUAAAGGUAAUAUCUGUUCCUUUGUAUCGUUUUGUCUCUUUUGAAUUAGUUUGGUACGACGAGCGGAAAUAAAAUUGCAUAGAAAGCAGUUCUUUUAAGCUUGUUGAAAAACCAAAGCUGGAUAGGCUGGUGAGGGUGUGUAUAAUGCUUCCUGGUUGAAACUGAGGUUGAAAAAGGUGUUUGCUUUUAGGAAAACCGUGCUUUGAUAACGCACUUUUAAAAGCGACGAGGUCCGUGGUUUCGAAGAUUUUAAAGAAGGCCGAUCCGUGGCUUAGUAAAAACGAUCACUGUGUAAACAUUACAAACUAGAAGUAUCAAGUAAACUAACGUAUGAGUAUAGGACAAAAAGUUACACUAUACACUAGACUAUACAGAUCUAAUUGUAACAUAUUUUAACAUUUAAUCUUAAAUGCUAAGUUUGAUAAACUAUACAUAUUCUGUAUAGAUUAAUUAAUAUAAGUAGGAAAAUGGAAUCACUUCCUGGAUUUUAAUUCAGGGUUCGGGAUCAUAGUCCCAUCCAGUUUCCAAAAAGAGAUGUCAAAGACUUGUCGAGUGGCAACGGUAGUGUGAUCAUCAAUGUAAGCCAUUCUAUUCAAACUCAAAAUUCGACCUCAACAGUAUUCUGUUUCACUUUUCUUCAUCGCUGCGACCGUUAUCCGUCAGAAUAAAAAAAUAGGUACAUGUAUUCACACUGAUUUUACAAUAUGUAAUAUCAAAUGACGGUUUUACCAUCUAAAAAUAUUGAUAAUAAUAAAAAUACUGUAUUCUCUUCUCUCUCUGUUUGCUACAAAAUGAUUCCACAACGGUCAUCCUAUCCCUCUCUUCUACAAGUAGUAAACGUUUUUGGGUUUAACUGGGAAUACCAUAGAUGCAAGGUAAGGAUAGAGUUUUGUACAAGAUCUUCGUUUUGAUAUUUGUGAAUUUUCCUUUCUGGCACAGAAGUGAGAUUGGAGGCUUGUGACUGUUUACUGAAUAUGCUUAGAGAUGAAAUAGUGCAGAAAACACCAGAGUGUAGAGUGCUUUUAAGGCGGGCAGUUCCUGAUGUUUUCUUUUGCUCAGACAAGGAAAAUAGGACAAAGCUGGUCAAUCUACUUUCUUGGGAUGAAGUUCUUUCGCUUGACCAACAUACUGAACGUCUGGUCUUGGAAUACAAAACACGAGCCCUGGAAAUCAACACGAAAACUAUUCAUCAAAGCACGAGCUCUUUCGUUAGUACUGGCAUGUUUCAAGGAGGACCGGUAAGGGCACGAGAGUACAUCAAUAUCAGAGCUUCUUUACUUAAGUUUGUAGCUUAAUUAAAUCCAUCAUUCACGCACGUCUACUUUGUACCCUCCUCGACACAGCUUUACCAAGUUCCCUGUUAGGUCUUUAAGUAACAUGACGCCUAUAAUAGGGUGGGAAACUUGAGGUACCGUACAUACGGCAAGUGUACCAUGUAUACGCGAACAUUGCUAUAUUUUUUUUUGUUGUGCUGCAUCCAUCCUUCUUAUAUGUUACGCCGGCAUUUUCAUUUGAACGUAAGAAAUUAAUGAAAACGAUAGUCUAAGCGCAAGUUGCAAAAUACUCUAUGAUUCAGUUUGUAAACAAGGAGAGUUUAUUUCGCUCUCGCCGUAGCAUGUCAACAUGUCAGUUUAUUAUUUUCUAUUCAAAAGAAAUUUUGUAAAAAGUGGUAACUAUGCUCAUCGGCAUACAUUAUUACAUGGAGAUAGAGCGUGACCCUGUUGGUUUAAAAAAUUAUUACAUAUCAUUUUCAUUUCCUUUCCUUUUAUUGCUUCCAUCACUGAUACAUUUUUUACGUUUUUAUAGACUCGUUACCAUAUUUUAAUUGUGAUGAGGGAGUCUAUAGGAAAGCAAAAUGAUUUUUGAAAUUAUACACUGGAAAAAUGGGACUUUUUAGUAUGUGUAAUCAAAUGGUCACGAGUGAAAUUAUUCCCUAAUUUCACGAGUAUACCAUUUGAUUACCUAUUAAUAUCAUAGGUGACGAAUUACGUUAGUAAUAAAAUGUUAUAAAUUGUAAAAUUAUAGACUUUUUAUGAGAGUGCAAAAGGAAAACAAAAUGUAUGUAAAAUCAUGUUUGCAGACAUUUCAUAAAGUUAUUUUAUAUAUGUAUAUCGAUAAUGGUUAUGAGAAGUCUGUAAAUUUUAACUGCGGAAUAAAGUGAGAAGAUUGAGAAAUUUAUAGACUUACAUGCAUUGUAAAAACUCUGAAAAAUCUUUGUAAAUUUUAUAGAGACUGUCUUAAGUUGUUCCAUCCCCGUAAAAUCUCUGUAGGGCAUUGUAAAAUCUCUGUAAAUAGCCCUUCUUUAUUACUUAACAUAGGUUUUGUGACAGUAGACCCCCUCGUGUGAUUCAGACAAACUAUAUAAAAGGCUUUGUAUGCACAUAUGUAUUUUCUACGUGAAAAUUCUUCGCGACAUCCGAAAUGAAUUUUUUUAAAAACGUUUUUAGCUUUAUUCUAACAUAUAAAAUCGAAACCGUAGUUGCGUCUUCAGGUUAAAUAGGUACUUGUACAUGUAGCACUGGGACAUGAUCUAACAUUUAUCAGUCUGACUGUGUAACAACAUGUCAAAGAGAUUGUAUAUGCGUUUCGCAUAUACAAGCCUGUGGAGGAAUUUGUAAGCUGUAAAGCCCCUGAACAUGAACACAAACCAGAAUUGUAUAUUUAGCCUCCGAGCCGGCUCACUUGUGCUAGUUCGGAAAAAAAUUUUGGCGACGGAGCCGCCAUCGGGCGAGCAAAAGUCCCUUCUCCCGGAACUCGCCCAAGUGAGCCUGCUCGCAGGCAUGUUAUGUUUGGUUGUGCGGCCAGGAAGGUACCAUACAGUAUUUUAUAUCCUAUAGCAACGUAACAUAAAGAGCAUUCUUUGCCUUUGCGUUUAAACAAAUGCACCUUUUUAUGAACAGCUUUGCCGCCUUGUUCUCCAAACAUUUCUUAGUGAAAUGCCAUGACAUAUUUCACCCACGGUAAUGCCGUGACUCUGCAUUUGGAAUAAAAUCACUCAUAUGAACAAUUAUUUUUAUGUUUAAUGACAUAGUCUUGGCACUCCUUUAUUAUUAUCAGGAUAUAUAAUAUCGAAAGUGAGCCAGAUUUUAUUCCUUUUGACGAUUAAAAUCUUCAAAGACGACGUAAAUUUGCAUCGGGUGUCAGCUACGCCAAAUAGUUACCUAAACCGUAAGGCAUUUUCAAAAUGGACGCCAACUCUUGACGCCCGAGAGCAUGUGCAGAGGGAAGCUCGCUGACCAGUACUUUAAUCUUUCACAUAGCUGAUUCCUGCUGUGACACACAUGGAAAAGUUACGUUCGCCUGAAAUUUACUUAAUAAUCAAAACAUCGGGCCCCAAGCAGGGAGGAUGAGACAUGUAUGCAGCGACACACGCAAUGCCUUCAGGGUGAUUCGUCCGCCAUUUUGUCUUGUUGCGACCCCGACAACGAAGCCCAUUUUACGAUUUUGCUUUGCCUUAAGAAACCCAAGAAUUAAUGUUUAUAGAACGGUUGGAACGUUUAUAUAAAAAGAACAUUUUUACCUGUCUGAUAAUACAAGUGUUAUAGUCGUAUAUUCUAAUUGCAUUUUCAAAAUGGACGCCAACUCCUGACACCCGAGAGCAAUUUGUGGUGAGGGAAGCCCGCUGAUGAGUUAUUUAAUCUUCUAAAGAGCUGGUCCCUGCUGUGACACAUUAGAAAAGUCACGUUCGCCCGCAAAUUUACUUAAUAGUCAAAACUUUGGACCCCAAGCAGGGAGGACGGGACUUGUAUGCAGCAGCACACGCAAUGCAAUGCUUUUCGGGUGAUUCGUCCACCGUCGACGAAGUCCAUCUUACGAUUUGGGUUUGCCUCAAGGAACCCAAGAAUUAAUGUUUAUCGAUAGUUAGUUUACUUAGCAGUUAGAACGUUUAUAAACAAAGAACAUUUUUACCUGUCUGAUAAAACAAGUGUGAUAUUUGUAUAUACCAAUAUUCCUAUAUAGGUCGCUGUCAAGAUUCUGAAAGUCAAAAAGCAACAUUUGUUGGAAGAAGAUGCAAAAUGCCAGGCUAGAGACAAACUUUAUCGAGAAGCCUACGCCUUGAGCCGACUAAACGUAACUCAACACCCGAACUUUCCUGUCCUUAUUUGCCACGACACGAAAAGCUUGCCGUACCAUCUCAUCACCAAGUUCGAAAUGAGGGGUGAUCUGCUACAGGUUGUCAGGCUGUCCAGAGGAAAGAAACCUAAUCUGUCGCCCACAAAACUUCUUAAUAUGCUCAUCGACAUCAGCAAAGCCCUUCUUUACCUACAAAGAUUGGGUUUAGUUCACCGCGUGGUCAUGGCAGAAAAUGUUCUUGUAGGAGAAACAUUCACCUGCAAAUUAAGUGGUUUGCACUCUCUACAGAAAUUGCCAGCUGAUUCAUUAUCUGAGGGUAAUAUAUUUCACUAUACGAAUAGUGAUAUGUUGCCCAAUGUCUUGCAUCCUGCCUUGAGGUUCGGAGUGGUACAAAAUGACUGUCGCGUUUUUCAAUCGUAGUUACCUGUGCUUCACUACCAUUGUCCCUUUUUUAAGUGAAAUCUAUUACGAUAAGCACUCAACCACUCAUUAAGUGCACAUGGAAAUAGUUUUUGAGGGACCAGAGACUAAUCACAUCGCAUCGCAAUAGGAAUAACGGAAUCAAAAUUCCUCAACUUAAGUCCUCUAAAGAAACAAAACGACUUAUCGAUACCACUACAAACUUUAGAGGUAGUUCUAACGCCUACUAAUGGCAUAAGAAGCGAUAUUCAGCAUCCCUUACAUGUAAAACCAUGCAAUACUAUUAAGGUACAAAUCCAAGCAAAACCAUCAUAUGAUGAUAAAGACCACUGAUCGAGUAUGCUGCAGAAGCAACUUUGUCGAAAUCAGCGUGUAAAGCAAGGGCGAAUUUAGGGGUGGGCAGGGGGGCCGCGGUCACCUCAUUUUCGUUGAAAUUUUGUAUUAUUUUUAUGGGACUCUCAGAAAAAUAAAAAGUAUCUCCAUACCUGGCAAGUGUCCCGGACACCCAUUUCUGAUUUUUUCUGGAUCCGCCCCUGUAAGGAGCCUGCUUAUUGAGACAAACGGUAAACAAACUAUGGCCACCCUUGUGAAUAACCUCAUGACAUGUUCCAUGAUAUUUCAACUUAUCAAUACAUUCAAUGCUUUCCAGGUUUUAUAACCGCCAACGAUGACGAGAAGUUUCCAGUUAGAUGGAAAUCACCCGAAUGCUUAACAAAGCAUCAGUAUUCCACCGCCUCUGAUGUUUGGGCCUUUGGAGUACUCAUGUAUGAAGUACUAACUCGUGGAUGUGUCCCUUACAGUCAUUUGUUGGAUGACAAACAAGUAUCUUUGCAAGUAAGCAUUAGAAUCCUAUAUCAGUCUAACUGGAAAGAGAGUGUCAGUUCCUGAAUAUAAUCACUUAACGUAUACAUUGCAAAAGAGAAUUUUAUUACCAAAAAAUGUCACUUUUCUUUCAAACCACAAAAACGCAUGGCAACCACAAAAGACAGCCAGUUACGGUUCAGUCUUAUUAAAAAUGUAUCACUCUUCGUAAACUGUAAGAGUAUUUUUUCCUGAUCUCGAUAACCAAUCAACGGAAAUGGAUUGCAACGUGAAAUAACUGAUUCAACUCUGGUGCUUUCGUACUACAGUCAAGCCCCGUUUAUACGGACAUUGAGGGGAUCAUAGAAAGUGUUAGAAUUAAGCGGGUUGAAAAUGUAGAGGCUUUCUUUUUCCAGCACCAAAGCAAACUGUCUGUAAUAAUGAGAUGUCCGUAUAGGUGAAUCCUUGCAGUGUUUACAUUUGUUGUUUCAUUAGCACAGGCUUAUCAUUAUUUGAUGAAGCUAAAAUGAAAUUUCUCAAUGUUAAAAGACCGUAACAAUUUUUAGUUAGCUCGGAAAGUUUGAGCCCGAUAUACCAAAUAGCUUGGGAGAAAUUCUCUUUGAAAAAAAUUAAAAUUUAAAAGAAUGUAUGAGCUCAUUAACGUUUUGCCACCUAGUAAUUUUGCAGUUAUUUUCUCUGUUACUGGUUGUAAAGAACUGAAACUUGCACAAACUGCAUAAAUUAACCAGCUUAUUCAUUUUUGAACCUGUUUGCGGUAUAUACAGCUACAUCUUUUAUGGGUGGACCCGACUCGAAAUCCCACGACAGAUUUCCCUAGCUUCAGCAAAUAUAUAAGCCUCAGAGCUCUUAAGUUUGUACACAACGCAGAAUGGCCGGAUAUUUAUGCAUAAUAAUGAGCUACCUCGGUGGGCCAUUGAAGCAUGAACGCUCCACAAAAACGCCACGAUAAGAGAUAAAAAAGAGGACUUGGCGAAGGUGCCUCACGAAAAUUGCCAUUUUGAAUUAUGCCUUUGGUCUACUUUUAUAAUGUCAAUUGCUUUGUGUAGUUAAAGGGCUAAUCUUCUAUUCUACGCAAAAAGCAAGAAAGUCCGACGAGAAUAAUUUGUAGACUUUUAGCUUCAAAACUGUGCUUUUUGGGGACUUUUAGUAUGGGAAAUGAAAAUACCGCAUUAAAAUUCAGAGUGGUUUUUUUCGAAAUAAGUGAAAAAGUUCGUAUCAAAGAACGGUUUAUUUUAAAUACACAUCUCCCCUAUACAUUGCGAUUUUUUCGACCAGAUUCAAGAAGAAGGUCUAUACUUUUACGUUUGAAAAUUCGAGGUUUAAAAAACCCGCCUAUUUCCAGGCGAGUCUUUGUCUUGCAGUAUAACAAUGGGUGCCACGAAAAAAGACAAUACACAGUUAACUCUUUAAGCAAUAGAUCACACUUUCUAUGGGUUUACCGGCGUGAUACCCACGCGGGAUGUUGGGAGAACACGGGAAAAGCUUGUAUAUCACGAGCCAAAGACCAGUAAUUUACAAACUUUUCGGGUGUUGUCCUAACAUCCCAAGUAGGUUAUCACGCCGUUAAACCCAUAGAAAGUGUGGUCUAUUGCUUUUAUAUAGCCUGCGUAGCUGGUGGUAUUAUGUGGGUGCGAGAUUAAAGUUUUGGUGGCGGAGCCGUGUUCCAGAAAAAGGGAGUAGGGACGAGGCGGUUGAAAUACCGCCUGCCAGAAAACCCCGGUAUUUUGAAUAGUCCGCACACCGGUGUAUAGAGAAACGGAUUGGUCGAGGGCCAUACAUAUGUUAAUCAUGUUAGAUGAUCCUUCGCAUAUAUUUCCCAAUUAAGGGAGCAGAUGGCAAACUGGAAAAGACGUAAGUGAUUGUUAUUUCCCCUUUAAAAAGAGCAUAAUUGAUGACCAAAUUGCCGAAAUGGCGUCUUUAAACUUCACAGCGUUGGAAUUGUCUUUAUUUAGCCGCAAGAACCAAAGGUCAAAGAAAAUUAAAACACUAUACAACUGCAUCUGAGAUCAAAUCCUAUCAGGGAACACCUACAGAAGAAUAAACCACAGGAAAUGGUCACUCAGUAUGCAUGUAACAAACCAGCUUCAUGACCUUUUAAAGUUAAGCCUAGUGUGGCAAAAAAAGAUUUACUCAGUCAAAGUUUAGAAUGAUACAUGCACUGUGUAGUGCUAGUAAGCUUCGCGCGAGAGCCGAGAAAAAAAAAACCUCUGUUCAAGCAAACUCACAAGGUCACGUUUCACAUUAUCAGGAGCUUAGGAGUCGUGUUUAGCCUGUCAACUCUUAUUUCUAAACUGUCGCGCGCGAAAAUAAUCGGAAGUUUCAAAUUGCAGGUUUCUCUUUGAUUGGCUGAUUUAAUUGGGAUCAGCUAAGGUGACAAAAGUGGGCGGCAUUCGAAAAAUUCUGGUAUUCUGGCAGGCGGUAUUUCUCGAGGCUUCGCCGCUCGUGACGGCUCCGCCGUCAAAUCUCACUCGACUAUAUUACAACGGCUCCGCCGCCAAAUCUCACUCGACUACUACACAAUACCGCCAGUCACUCGACUAUAUUACAACGGCUCCGCCGCCAAAUCUCACUCGACUACUAGACAAUACCCCCAGCUACGCAGGCUACUUUUAUAAAGUAACUUUAAGUUUUCUAUGAGUUUACCGGCACAAUAAACCAUAGGUUUUUAACCAAUCAGAACGCGCUUACUAUCUUAGUUAUUUUAUAAAUUGUUAUAAACUAGAUAUCAUAUGCAGUUAUUGCGUUCGAAGUACGAGAACGCAACCCCUAAUUUCUGUUGGGUGUCCUGUACAGCCAAUAAGCGAGAUAUUCUGAGAUUUGUGUCGACAUACAUUUGCCUCGCUUAGAGGAGAUAGCAUACGUUGUGGCUCAUUUUGUUUAUGUUUGAUGUUUGUAGUCUUUCAUAACUAUGUUCAAAGUAAGUUUGAUCUUUGAUCUCGAUCUAAAUGCAGCAUAAAGUAGUUCUUCUUGUAGUGCUAACUUAUUCGCCGCAGGUUCGUGAUUACUUAGUUUCAUGCAAUUCAGCUUUGGGUAAGAACACGACGUUUCAGAUGGGAGAUAUUCCGUCGGCACUCUUUAGCUGUUGGUGCGUCAUCUUUCACAAAUGUGUUCUGUGUGUUACCGUAGAGUAUUCUAAUUUUAAGUUUAACUAGCAUUUUGUGCAGCGAUUUGUAUCAUGAUGCUCACGAUUGACUUAAACUUUUAGAUAUCAGUAAAGCUUUAGAGUUCCAAGUUUUUUUGCUGAGGUAAGGGAAAAAUCGGUCGCGAGAUUUCGAGGCUAUUUAAAUUUUUUUUGUAAAUAUGCGGCUCCAAGUAUAUGCCGAUAUCUCACAGUCACGUUUUUGUACCUACAAGAAAGGUCCUAUUUUUUUAGUAGCACGCAGCUUUUAGGAAUUUUUUUAGCACUUCGUUAAGUUUCAGGUAUUUAAACUAAACACAGGAUCGUUUUCUUCCCUAUAAUGGAAUCAGGGAAAGUCAGUGAACCAUUUUCGUUAAAAUGAAGUUACUGCAUGUUUUAUUGGUAGGUUAAAAUUGUACCGUACCAAAAAACCUUUCCAGGUCUGAAAAAUUGUUCUACUUCCUUCACUGCGCGCUAUGUCUCACGGCUUUGCUGAGUGAGUUUCAGUUAGUUGCAGCAUAAAGGGGAGUGCAGAAUUCUCCAAACGCUAAAACUUUUGUGAAAACUCACCCCCGUACAACCCCAACUCCCUCAUGUUUACUUCUCCCUCUUCUCCCCUUUUCUUUACCAAAGCCAAAGUUCGUCCCAUUAAGCAACCCGUACCCAUCCGCGGUCACUCUUUUCCAACUUAUUGUUUUGCCGAAGCACGAUUAUGUGAACAUAAUUUUAUAUGAACUAGUGGUGUUAUAACAACAAUUGUAACACUUGAGCUUGUAUAUUUAAAGAUUGUGGAGGGUAAAGAAGUAAUUCCUCAGGAGUCCUGCAUUAGCGAGGUGGAAUAUGAGCUGAUGAUUCAGUGUUGCACUAGGGAGUUAUCUAGUCGACCCAAAAUGACUGACAUCAGACAGAGGCCGACCAAAUUGCUGAAGAAUGCUGAAGGUAAUUAACUGAUUAUAGUCGUUGAUAAUAAUCGAUCUUAGCGAUCUUUUAACUUAUAGAAACAAAAACAUUUUAGGAAAGGUGCGUUAUUUAUUGGGGGCGCGGGUUGGGCCUGGUCAUUUAACAAAUUUUUGGCUUAAAUGAUUUGGCCCUUCCACUUCCUGGAAUGGAUUUAAUACAUGUAAUAAUGCCUGACACUCCACAGACACCCGCCAAAAAAUAUCUGAUCCUCUUCCACCUAUUCAACAGUUAUUUCAUGACCAAAAUAAUCGAUAUGGAAAAUAAAUAACCUAGGAGCGGAAAAAUGAAUACCUACGGUGAUUCCCUGACGAAAAGGUUGAAUAUAUUGAAUUCCUCAAUAGCACUCUGCCAAAAUUGUACUUAUCCUUGAGGACCACUUGUCCCUACAAGGAACGCUUUCGCCGCUGUCUCGUGAUUUAAAAAGAAAUCACCGGUGGAAAGUUCGCAAGGCUUUGAAAACAACCAAAUGUUGGCUUCUGUGUCUACUGUUACUGGGAGAUUCAUGGAAAGGAAUUGUAGCGCAAAGCUCCAUGACACUAGCAUGACAAGACCAACGCUGAUGACCUUUCGAAGUUGAAGCUCAAAAUCGAUGAGCUGAAUGCAAAAGUAACUGAAGAUGAUAAUAUGCUAUUUGAUUCAAAUGGAGAUGAUAUUUAAUCAAGACAAAAAUUCAGUCAUGAUGCAAAUGCAGAAAUACGGAACUCGAUUAAUGUGUGAUGGAAUCCAGGUUCCACCUGUGUAUCCAUGCUUACUAAAGCACGUUUGGUAACUGAUUCUGAACCCGGAGUUGGCUGUCUAAUGCACAAACCAGAAUGCGAAUUUUAUAGAAAGCACUAAAUUCAAGACCUGGAGAAUUUGCUGAGCAAGAGAAAACUCAAACAAAAUGAAGCAGAGUGGUCCAUAGUCUGAAAUGUCAUACCACUCCACCCCCUAACCUGUGGAGGGCGCGGCCUCGGGUUAGGGGGUAGAGACAAGUGACAUUUCAGACUAAGCGGUCUAAUGUAUGUAUAGGUGCAUGAUAAUUUGUGAAAUGGAGGCAGUCGCACACGAGACUUUACCCUGCCAAAAGUGGCCUUGGUUAAAAUUCAUCACUCUGUCUCUAGUUUUCGCCACUCUUACCAUGUUCGCCAGUCUAGCAAUUUUCAUAACAAUCGCCACUUUACUAAGAGCCCCUUUUGCCAUCUCAUUUGAAUAUUCGCCAAACCCUUGUCUACUUCAGCCAUAUUAACCACUUUCGUCAGAUUCGACAUUUUCGUUAAAUUCGCCACUUUGCAAGGUACUCCUUUCUUAUGAUCUCAUUUGAAUAUUGGCUAAACCCUUGGAAAAUCUUUGCCAGAUUUGCCGUUUUCCUCAAAUUCACCGUUUUUGACGGUCAGAUUCGUCAUUUUCGUCAAAAUCUCCACUUUACAAAGGUUGCCUUUUGACACCACACUCUAAAUCUUCCCUAAACCCCGGGCAAAUUUUUGCCACAAUUGUCUUUUUCUUUGUCGCGUGCAUUUCUUAGCAUAAUUAGGUAAAUGACCAAUGAUACCAUGACUUGAUCGGCCAAUGAAGUCAAAAACCAGAUUGUAGAGCCAUAAACUGACGAGAGACAACUCACUUUCACCCUCACUUUGACCAUCGCACAGGUUGUCAAAACGUCAUCAGUCACUGUUAACAACAGUCCUGUUUAGGAUUACACUCACCUGGGCGAACAUAUUUCACGUUGUUCUGUUUUAUUUGAUAAAAAAUACAGUCCCUUUAAUGAAAUUUACAGAAUGUUAAAAGAAAACUAAAGAUCAUCUGAUUUCGCCGGGGCAAAUCCUACUAAGGUUGGAACGUUCCAUACCAUAUUACACCCCCCAUAUCAGGCCCCAGGCAGGCCCCGACCUACCAUAUCAGGCCACGAACUACCAUAUCAGGCCCCAUGUAUAUUAAGCUAGGUUUCCGGUAAUUCACUUAUAUUUCGAUUUUGUUUCACAAAAGAGGCGGGUUAACUAUCCUUCUUGACGGAUAACGGCAGACAGUUAAGGUCAGACAGAUUAUUAGUCCCAAAUUUAAUUUAAGUAACCGUUCCGUUUUCACAUCAAGACAAAUUAUUUGUCUGACGCCAUUUAUCCGAAUAAUCCGCUCGUCUGUCGUGUGAGCGGCCAAUAAUAAUAAUGUCGAGAAUAACAGGGAAAUUUUAAAACGUGUUAUUAUUUUGUUAAUAAUUGGGGAAAUAUGUACCAAAAUGUUUAAUAUUAACAAUCUAACUUUCAUUGCUUGUAGCAACAUAUACAGAGUGUCGUGUAAGGACGUGUCAAGGUAAAGCAAAAAAAAAAAAUCAAGGUCAGGGAAUUUUCUACAAGUCGAGAAAAUCUCUUAUUGGCAUGUUCAAAAUUAUAUUUUCCUUGCGCACAAGAUCCGGUGUAAUUUAGCUCAAAGACUUUGUAAAUGAAGACAGGAAUAUUGAUAGUUUGGAAUAAAAGGGCCCAAGCAAAUUUAAACGUGCGUUGUUUAUUCCACUUUUAAUCACCACAUAACAUUACAACUCUUUUGUGUCCUUUUCAAACUGUUCAUUGUGUAUCGAUUUUAGCUUUUUAUUUUCCUGCUUGGAGCAAAGGUCAAAUCAGUUCUGGUCACGCCCCCAGAAGCUGUAACACCAUGGUUUGUUACUACUACGACUUUGUUACAUGACACCACUACUACGCCGCGAAAUGUAAUAAUCGCCGAAAAUUGCAUUACUAACGCAAGAUGCACUAAGAAUCGCCCCAAAAUGUAAUAACAUUUUUAACGCAAAAUGUAAUAAUCUUUCAACGGAAAAUGUAAUUCUAACUUUCUAACGCAUAAUGCAUAAUUUGUUUCCUUCCCUAUCAAACUCAGUUUUCAUCCCUGUAUAUUGAUAAAGUUCUUUUUUGUAAUUUUUUCUUAAAUAAAUAUUGAUCUGUAAUAUCUUGCUUCCCUUUACGUGAAGUGUGUAUGAUACUUGCAUUCCGCCCCAUCUUUGCAUACUUUUAUUGAUCAUCAACUGUCAGUUCCAUGGACCUAACAUGAAACGGACGACGUUAACCCUUUAUUAACAUUUCUUGAAAUUGACUGAAAAUAUAAGGACUGUAUGUAGAGUACUCCUAGGAAUCUUAACCAACAAUACACGGAGGCAGCGGCUGCUACAAAAUCGUCACUCAAAAAGUGAAGUCGCGGCUUUUACAAAAUUUUUUCUCGCUUUUUCGACUUUCCCCCCGUUCAAUUAGUGAAAUGUUAGCAUACUUUCUUUAAGCUUUGAAUGAAAGUAGGCGCUUCCUAGCACACGUCAUAGUCGUGCAGUAGCGGCAAAAAAUGCACGUACAAAGAAGCGUGAUACAUGACUCAUAAUGUUGACAGGCCAUACACGACUCCCUUUGGCCAACUUGUUGUAUAUCUUUGACCUUUAAGCUUCAUAGUUUGAGUUGUUCAUAAUGUUGACAGGCUUUUCACGUCUAUCUUUGGUUCAGUUGUUGUUGCUUUGACCUUACCUUCAUAGUUUAGCUCUUACGAGUAUAUCUUGUAGUGACUUUCCUCUUUUGUAAGAUAUUAUGGGAGGGUCUUUAAAGAUUUCUCUAAGCAACGGUUGGUUUUCUAUAAGAUACCAUUCGUGCAUGAUGAUUUUUUUUCGAUUCGGUACUGAGGGGCGAUAUUCUGUCACGAAUGGUAGUAUUUUCUUGUGCGUUUUUGUUUUGUUUUGCAAAGCCGACAUUCUUUCGUGAUGCUUGACUUCUGAUAGUUGUUUAUCUAUCACUUUAUCUCUAUAACCCCUCAUACGGAGUCUUCCCUUGAAAUUAGUUAUGUUCUCUUCGAACAUUUUCUCAGAAGAGUUUGUUCUGAGUAAUCUUAAGGCCUCGCCUUUUAUGAAUCCUUUCUUUACCCCUGGGGGGUGACAUGAAGAGAAGUACGUGUAUUGAUUGGAAAGUUUCUGUCGGUUUGAAGUGUGUACGCACAUCUAGGAUUGAUUCCUUCUUAAAUCUUUCUCCUUUGUAAUUACAUGUAUACAGAAAGGCGGUUUCUGUUUCUGAAACUUCAGCAGUAAAUUUUACGGUCGGGUGAUGGUUAUUUGCUUGUUCGAUGAAUGAGUAUAUUUCUUCUUUGUCUACAUUCCACAAUGAGAAUAUGUCAUCGAUAAAUCUCUUCCACACUUGUGGUUUGUGUGGACUUUUGUUAAUAAUUUCUGUUUCUAUUGCAGACAUAAAAAUGUUAGCAAAUACAACUGCCAUUGUUGUUCCCAUAGCUGUACCUUGUACUUGGAGGUAGUCUUUUCUAACAAAUUGGAAAGAAUUCUCCCUUAGGAUUAGUCUGUGAAUAUCUGCGAGGUAUUGGCUGGGUAUUGGAGGUUUGUUUUGCUAGAAUGUUUCGUAUGCUUUGCGUAUAAUGGUAUUUCCUUCCUCCUGAGGGAUGUUUGUGUAUAGGCUAGUUACAUCCAUAGAGACUAAAAUAGCAUUUUCUAAGACCCUGGUUUUCUCUAUCAAGUUGAUAAAGUCUGUCGUAUCUUUAAGAUGCGAUUUUUGUGAUUUAGCAAUUGGUUGGAGGAGACUAUCAACAAAUGAUGAGAUGCUUUCCGUCGGGCCUUCGCAGCCUGAUAUGAUCGGUCUUCCAACUGGUGUUGGUGUGUGAAUCUUUGUGAGAGUGUAGAAUUGUGGUAUUCGCGGUGGAUUUGGCGUCAGGGAUAGCCAUCGUCUUCUCAUCUCGUCUAUAUGUUUCUCUUUGUAAAGCUUAUCUAUCAAUUUCUUGACCCUUUUAGAGGUUUCUACUACCAUUGGUGUUUGUAAGGGUUUGUAGUUUUCUCUGUCAUCUAAUUGUAUUUGACCUUCUUUAUUUUGUCUUCUUUGUUGAGAACAACAAUAGAAGAGCCUUUAUGAUCUGCUCGUUUAAUGUUGAUGUCCGAGUUUUGUUUCAGUUGUUUAAUGGCAAGUUGUUCCCUCUUGGGUAGAUUGUUUCUAGGCGUGAUUGUAUUUAUAUUAGCAAGUUCUAAUUUAACCUCUUCUAGGUAUGUUUCUAGUGCGACUGAUGGCUGAACUGGUGGCUCCCAGUCUGACUUUACAUGAAAGGGGUGUUGCUCUUUAUCUUUUCCAUGAAAGAUAUAUAGUAGACGCAUUCGUCUAGCGAAAGCGUUGAAAUCUUUUAAUAGUUCUGCUCUAACGUGACCUGUGUUUGUCACUGGUGUGGGGAUGAAUUUAAGACCCCUUGACAGAACAUUUAUCUGAUCGCGUGUCAUUUUGUAAUCUGAGAGGUUUUUGAUAUGUUUCUUUCUUGCUUCUGCUAUGUUCUUAUCACGCGCUAUUUUUCGCCUCCGUUCAUUGCGUUUUUUGGUUGACAAUGACCGCUUUUUCUUUCCUCUUUCCCUUUUUAGAUAAUCUUUAUUCUCAGAAAACACUCUGGGAUAAGAUUCACUUUGUUUAUUCUCUUUAGCAUUUUGUAAGACAUACUUCAGUUUGUUGAGUUCGUCUAUUUUCUUCUGGAUAUUCUCUAGUUUCUGUUCGUGACUGCAUUCUAGAGUAUUAGAUGGUACCUUAUCUGACAUGUCUUUCCUCUUUUCUUUGCGUGAUUCCUGCUCUAGUUUUACAAGUUUAGAUUUGCUUCUUUCGACUCUACGGUCGUGAAACUUAACGAGUGCGCCUAAAACUUUUCGUUCUGCGUCUUUUCUAAUCCAGCUUAUGUCUCGUUUGAAUUCUUCGUCCGGGGCAAUGUUUGCCCUUGCCUUAUAACGCAAAGUUUUUGGACAUGUAUUAUUCUCAAUAUGUUUCUUCAGUUUGGCGAUGGAUUCUUUGGACUUUUGUAUCUUGUCCUUAAUGGUGUUUUCAAGCUCUUCUGUAGUAAGGCGCUGUUUUUUAAAAGGUAUGUGUUCUUUCUGUUCACGAGAGUCAUCAUGAUGACGUUUCUGUGGACCCGUUUUGCGUGGUAUUUGGACUUGGCGCCAUUUUCUCUGAUCGUUGGUGUUUGGUUUUUUCACGUUUAGUCUUUUGGCCUCUGUGGGGUCGCCGUUUCUUCUCACAGUAUUGUUAGUCUUUCUGUUUCUUUUCAAUGGCUGAUCCCCAUUUUCUUUAAGGUUUGUGUUUUUGCGCCUUUCUGUUGACAUUUGUCCACACGGUAUGUCUUCGUCAUCCGAAGCUAAUAGGCUAUCUUCUGCAGGAUCGUUGGCUAUAUCAGCGAGUAUUGAAGGGCUUGUUGUAAGAAGUCGUUCUUCGUUUACUAGUGUGUUUUCUGCUAUGAUGAUUUCGAGAGUAAAUUCUCAAGCAAGACUCGAGUUUCGGUCCUUUCAGUGGACCUCAUCAGUUGCUACUAUGUUAGGUUAUGUAGAAAUGGCAAUGUGAUGGUGUUCGUUGCUCAAUUUGUGCUCGUAGGUAGGAUCGAAAAUAGAGGUUUUCUGUUGGUCAAUAUGAUUUGACCAAUGGGGUAGUUGUAUGCUUGAUCCUAGUUAGGUUGUGUUUUAUGCGAAGGUCUUUGUUGCGAUUUUCUUGUUAAAGGAGCUUCUGUUCUAAAAGGUCUUGUUUUUGCCAUAUCUGCAUUAGCUUACUCCUCCUUCAGUUGAAGGAUGAGGCCUGUUCUUUUAUUUAAGGCCACACAAUUUGUGUUUUAUCUCUCUCUAAGCGUGGGGUUUGACAUUGUACGUACACAACGUACUUAAUUAACAUCGGGCAUCUGGGAAAUCCGGGGAAGCUCCCGGUGACAGCCUUUAUGGGGAGGCCUUAACCGAACCCAAAGGAGUUCGUUUUUAAGUCUUCAGGUAUAGGAAAGGAUAUGGGUUUCACUAGUUGAAAUAUAUUAAAGGGUAGGCUUUUCAGGCAAUGUUUACCGCAAGGAAAAAAAUGACAGAACACUGACAGAAAAUAACAGAAAAGAAAAGAAACGUCUGAUAUCUAGUGUGGUUUCGAGGGUCAAUUUUUCUCGAUCUCCUUUCGUGCGAAAGCGGGGGCCGGGCAAGGGUAGGGCGUAGGCUUGUUGAAAGAAUAUUGUACGUAUUCAGGAAGACUUAGGAAGACCUUAGAUAACAAUGACCUCAACCAGGUCGUGCGUCCAGCCGUUUUAGUGAAGACAUGGAUUUGGCUGGGGGCUUAGUCUUGCAUGCUAAAAAAAAAACCUGGUCUCGCUCAUUCUUAUUGAAGGAUUUUCGAGCCCAUAACACGGCCGAACCGGAUACGGGACCGACAUAGGACCAACGUUAUCAAAUCAAUUUUAUUUGCUCCUGACGUCAUUGCAAUUCCGUUGCAAUUAAUCUUUCUCUCAUCGGUUAUCGGGUUAUCAGUGUACAGCGAGUGUAAUUUAUCAUGCAAGAAGCACGUAUUAAACCCAACCAAAAGGUUUCCACCAAACGUUCCCCACUGACCGUAAUAGCUUGUCACAAAAAUAAAGUAAUUUUUUCUUAGGUCACAAGGUUCAAACGAACUUAACCCAUGCACUUUUUUCUACAAAAUUGUUAAGUCGAAAAUAAUUAGGGCAUCUCUAGUCUUUCAAUUCUGGUGCAGGUAAAAAACGAUUAUAAUCCUGUUAACGGGGUAUCAGAGUGACGUCCUCAUCUACAAAAGAUUGAUUUACCUAGAACAGAAUGCAAAUAGGGUAGUGAAGUAGUCUUGAAAUUUUAUUGAUACUAGCACUUUCAUGCCUUUUUGCAAAGCAAUCACAAGGCAACUACUAAAAGCAACAACAACAAUCAAAAUAAAAAAAGAGAGAACAGAACAAUAAAUACUCGGCGUGACGCAUGGCGCAAGCAUAACAUUUUUAAUAAAUAAACUUCUGGCUUCCGGCACUCUCACUCGCUUUGCCAUUAAGAGUUUUAGUAUUAACAUUAUUAUUGAUUAUUGUUAUUAAUAUUAUCGUUAUCAUUAGUAUUUUCAUUAUUAGUCUUGUUAUAAUUAUUAACAUGGGGCCUCGUAUUGAUCGUCGGGGCUUAGAAUGGUGGGCCUAGGAUGGGGGGUUUGAUAUGGGAAUGGGGGCCUGAUGUGGGGGGGCCUGAUAUGGUAAGGGGCCUGAAAUGGGGGUUUGAUAUGGGAGGGCUUGGAAUGGGGGGCCUGAUAUGGGGGGCCUGAUAUUGUACGGGGCCUGUAAUGGGGGGCCUGGGAUUGUAAGGAACGUUCCAAACCCUGCUCGGCAAAUCACAGUGGCCGUCUGGUGGGAUCCCACAAUAUUCACUCCGAAAGUUCACACAAGACUGACAAAGGUUUUUCCGAUGAUUCGUGGUCUUCCUUUAACUUUUUAUUUCACAUCCGACCCAUGCUCGGAUUGUAAAUACGUAAUUACAGUGUACUGUUGAAGGCUGAAAUAAUACCAUACUUCAAACCAUUUACUAUGUGGACAAAAGCAAUGAAAGCAACGUUAAAAAAGAUUUUGCUUAAGAUCUAGGAUAGGAGAGGUAAAGAUGAUCUUAAUUUAAAAAUGGAUAUUUCAUCGGCUAUAUUACUGCGAUAAAUAUUAAUAAUGAACUGGUGAAAGACUUACCCUCGAAAAAUAUGGUGCUUUUACGAAAUUGCCUUAUUAAUUUGUAGACAUUUUAUCUUGUAGCUGAUGUUGACUAUCCAAGAACUGACCCUCCUCCACUGGAAGGAAAACACGGUAGACUCUUGGUACGAUCGUAACUCUGUUCCCAUUCCUUUUUCCUUUAGAAAAAGUGGUAACAAGCCUAUGGACAAAGCAGGGUACUAAAGCUAGUUCACAAUAGGAGUAUGUCCCGCUAACUUAAAAGGGUUUCAAAAGGUCUUUUUAAGUCUUUUCUAUGUAUGGACAUUCAAUGCAUGAAGAACGGAAAGAAUGCCUAUAAAAAGAUUGGUCAUGUGACAAAUGAACAUAAACCCUGUGAAUACUUUACGUAACCAUAACAAUCCUUGAAAGUUGCUGCUUCGUCCCAAUUAUCAAGAGUUUGGUUUUGUUAUCACUUAUCCUGAGCUUGUCAGUGAGCAUGCAUGUUCUUAUCUCUUCGAUGCAUCUUUCUAUGUCUUCAAUAGUCUGCGCUUGACCAGUGUCACCUGGUGAAAAGGCAAGGUAUAGUUGAGUGUCGUCAGCAUAGUUAUGAAAUCAGGUAGUUGUUAAUUAUAUGAAAUAAUGCACUAAGAUAAACCGUGAAAAGUAAUGGACCUAAACAGGAUCAUUGAGAAACUCCAUAAUGAAGAUUGAACUCAUUAGAGUGCUGUCCGUCAAAGAUUACACGUUGGCGUGUAUUGGAUAGGUAUGAGGUGAUACCAAGCUAAAGCAGUCCGGGAGAUACCAAGCCGUUUCGAGACGUGAAAGCAAAAUCCCGUGAUCAACCGUUUCAAACGCCGCGCUUAAAUCGAGUAAGAUCAAGCUACUUGCUGACUGUUCUUAUUCAUUUGCAUGCAGAUCAUAAUGCACUUUUAACAAUGCAGUUUCCGUACUCUGGCCUUUACGAUGAUUGGAGAGUCGGAAAGAGGUCAAAACCCAUAAGUGGUCUCGCUGUUGAUCGAACACAGCCCGCUCUGUCCGUUUAGAUACAAACUGCAAAUUACUAACCGGUCGUAAGUUUUUAAAAACAGUAUCACAUCUUUUUUCUUUAACGGGGGAGUUAUAAGGGCUUGCUUCUUACCAAGUACUUAAUUGAAACCAUCCUAGUUCUCUACUGGGUGAGGAAAUGUGAUCAUAGCGGAGCUCCACGCGCGGCGCGAAGCGCCGCGCGUGGGCAGAGCCCCAUAGCUAAGGAAAUGUGGUAAUAGACCUAUUCGGCUAACUCAAUGAUGUACCCAAUUCAAAGCCUUUUGGAAUAAAACGUUUUGUUUCAGGAAUUUCCAUAUCAUUUAAAUGUGAAUGCCACAUUAUAAUGCAAAUACAAUACACAAAGAAUCUUAUCCCCGGGAGAUUUGAAUUGGGUACAACAUUGAGUUAGCCGAAUUGUUGGUUGUCACAUGACGUCACUAAAAUUCAAACUGAAAAACUAUCGAUCCUACCGAGAUUUUACUUUCACGAUGCUUUAGAGCAGCUGAAAACUAAUUUUCAUAAAAAAAUUUUCGCUUCAAAAGGGUUCUUGGUUUUGUGAUAGAGUACGCUUGAAUUUCUAAGCUUUUGCGUGAUGCGGCAUUUACAUGACGGCCAAGAGAGCUGUCUAUAGGUUAAAAAAAUGACUUAUUUCAGGAAAUUUUGCUAUCUAAACAGUUCAUGUAUUAGAAAAAGUAUUACUUUAAUGUUUAUGAGUUUCUCGAAGAAUAAAUUCACGCUUUUGUGGCAAAACUCGGUAACAAAUGUUUCUGUUGGUUUUCGUCCGCCUUGUUGGAGCUCAUCCAGGUGAGCACCAGCAUGGCGUCUCCAUACAAAUCUCUAUAAGUUUGGGUAAAACAUUUCUUCGGAUAUCUCGUAUAGAAAUAUUUCUCUGACCUGAAUCUUGGCGAGCGUCUUUGUAUAUGUACUUUCGUUUAUUUCCCAGAUUCUGGACUUUAUCUAUUGAACGGUUUUGAUUUUUAUUUUGAUCUAUUUUGAAUGGCGUGACACUGACAACCAGCAAUAGGUCUAUCUACCCAACCGAGAAAAUUUGGUGAUCACGUGACCGUACACCGAGCGAGCGAGCGACCGUCCGUCCGCACCACAGGCAUACCAAUGUAAAAUAACUCAAUCAACAGCUAUGGCAACCCAAAUGCAACUCAAGGUUUUAUUUGGAAGGAAAUCACAUGGCCGCCCAACAACAAAGUCGUGUCUUUUUCGGUGUUAUUUUUUUAUUUUUACACUAACGUGGAAAACAGAGAAAGAGUUAGAGCGAGUUAUUGAAAACAAAGGAGACGAAUUGCGUAGGAAGAAAAACAUGCAAAUUCAAAGCGGCGGUGAAAAAUGAGAAAUGCUAGCGGCCUGCAAGGUGAAAAUGAGCGGCAGUGAAAAAUAAAAGCGGACAUGAAUACAGGAAACAAAAUAUUGGGUAAGCAUGUACGACAAUUCCUCCAUAUAACUAGGAAGUUUGACGUCGUACAAAACAGCGUUGUAGUCGUGCAAAACAACGGCAAGGGAAAGACACAAAAGCGUGCUGCUAGUGCAAAUUUGUUUUUUGCUAAUUAGAAAAAAAGUGUGCUGCACGUGCAAUUUGUUUUUUUUUUUUUGCUAAUUAGAUCUAUUAGUCUUGAAUCCAUUUCCAUUGUCAUCCACGUUUAGCAUUACUCGAUUUAUUUUUUUUUUUUGUUUACACGUAUUAUUAACAAGAGCUUCGCUUUUAGCCCUGGCUAAAUCGAUUUAGUAUAUUCUAAAACAGUGGAUAGUGUUUUUCACGCGCUCUGAUUGGCUACUCAAUCAGUCAAUAUCCUGCAUUAUUCACUGAUUCACCUCCAGUUCCUGCGAGUGAGCGACGCCAAACUCGCGUAAGUUGCAAGCAAAAUGCAUUCCCGGUUUGCCGCUGUAACAAAAAAAGAAAUUUCACAACUAAUCAAGCAAGCUGUUCCCGAAAUACACGAAGAAGGUGACGAAGUUCGGUUUGGGAGUUUUAACAGGUAAAGCUCUGUUCUUUUGACUCGAAUUUAUCGAUAAAACCCGUGAAAAGGUUUUUUGUUUACAAAUGCAAAUUAAGCUCAGUCUUGCGUUACUUUAUUUAAUUGACUAAAUUUAAUAAUCUUUUUUUACAGAAUGAUUUUAAAUACAAAAAGAAUUCACAACUCCUUUUGCAGAAAUUUCUCCGCAAGAGCUAAACAAGUUUUAUUUGUCGGCAAGAAAAAGCGACGGCCGCGGCCGUUCGGUCAUUACGCGCCAAAAUUGUAAUUGUUGGCAACAGUAUUUGAGUUAAAAAUCAUCAUUAUUGUGCUCAAUUAUCUCACUGUUUUAGUAUAUACUAAAACAAUUAUUCACCUCAGUGUCGGUGGCUAGCGGUGGAUAUUUACCUCUUCUUCGGUGAAUAAUUGUUCUAUAUUAUAUUUUUUCCAUCUAGUAUCCUGGCAACGAAAUUCUAUAAUAGCUGCAGUUUCUGGAUAUUCUGUUGUGUAGAUCCUGACCACACAGUGGAACAGUUAUUAAAAUAAUUUGUUGAACAUUAAAGAAUGCGAAAUGAAUGAAAGAGCUUCUCUUGUAAAUAGGUGUCGGACACUAUAAAUUUGACAAAGUUACCUGGUAGUGACGAAGAUUGAUGAUUUACAGAAGAAUCAAAAGAAAGGUUACUGUCAAAUAGAACUCCUAAAUCUUUGCAAAUGGGCGAAGGUUGAGUUUGAAGAUUUUCCAGGUUACGAUUUAGGCUAACUACGUUGUUAUGAAAAACAGAAAAGCUAGAAAUAGUUUCAUCUUUUGACAACUUCGUUUUCAUUUUCUUAAAACUAUGGGGGGCGAAAUAUCGACUAGUUAUUCUGUUAGAGGAGUAAUCAACGAGGAUCAAAUUAAGGAAAACAAAUCUAAGUCAUAUAAGCUAGUUAGCUUGUCUAAUUCCUUUUCAGUUUUACAUGUGGUGGACACUGAAGUAUUAAACUGGCCUUGAAUUUCUGCCAAAUUUCCAGGACGACUAUAAUACGAUAAAACUUUCAAUGUAGAUCUAAUAGAUUUCACUACAGUUUUGUUCCUGCCUUUCAUAGUAGCAUCAGUGAUAAAAUAUAAUAGUAGUUUUAACUUAGCUGCAACGAUCCUCUGAUCGAGCUUCAGGGCGUUCACUCAGUCUUAACUUAGCUAAGUCGUCAAUCGACCCCAGACGAAUCGCCAUAGAAGAAUCCGUUUUGCGUAGGAAGAUUGCUGCUCCUUUCGCCCAGCACCACUUGUAGUUGUACGUGUUUUGGUCCGCCUUCGCAGAAUGUAACAUCUUAUCAUCAGUAAUGAAUGAUACAGUAACUAUAUUUUCGGUGGCGUUAAAAGAUGAUCUGUAACCAAUAGGCUCAGGUUCUCUGUUAAGUGGCCUUUCCUAGUUACCCUUUUUGAUGUUUAGUAAGGCGUUUUUUUUUCGCAAAGAAAGGAAGCAUUCUGCUGUAAAGCUAAAUUCUCAGUUAGAUUAAGAGAUUUAGUCAAUAGUUUCAGGUUUUAUUAUUUUUUGUAGAAGGCUGCCAACUCUUCCAACAGAAGUUUUCGACUUCAGAUACUUUCUACAGGCCAGGAAUGGGAUCCCAAAAAUGUCGUUUAAUUCAUACCACGUAAAAACGUUCUCCAUAAUUUCCAGUGCCUUUAAAGAGAAAUCGUUAAUUACCUCGAUCUGUCACUUUUUUUUCUUUAACAGAAGGCUGAAAACAUACAGACGGAUACGGAUAUAUACUCCUCUAUUCCAGGUUUGAAAGUUUUAAAAAUAUUUUUAUUUUUUUUUUUAUUUAUUCAAACUGAUGGACUCUUUUGUCAUUUUAAUUUUUUGUCGGUUACACUAGAUAAAAUUAUCAUAUUUCAUCACGUUGCUUAUUGUUCAAUAAUAAAUGUUUAGGCCAUUGGAAUUAAUGCAAGGUAAUCCCAAACGAUUCAUAGAGGGUUAUGCAGAAUGCUGGGUAACGUUGAGUUAUUAAAGUAAAAAAUGAUGUUUGCUUUAACUGUUUUCGAAGAGUGCAACGCUCAGAAUGACAACAUCCCAGAUGGGCCACGACGUAGAAUAAAACAGGUUGGUAUGCUGUCAUAUUAUUAGCCUGGGUAGCAGGCGUAUGAAAAGUUUGGGGAGCAAAUAAAACGAGGCGUGAAUGAGAAGGACACACGCGAGGGUCGCUUUUUCCGCCCCUUAUCACUAAAUAGCUCUCUUUUGCCUAUCGUAAAUUAACAGUAACCCACCACAAACAUCCACUUUUCAAACUGGUAUAAAACAAUCUCUAGCAGUUAGUACUAAAUUUUAUAAAGCGACUUGAGCUGUUAGAAACACACACUCAUACGGCUCCCACCCACACCCCCACACACGCGGCGACAGUUAAGAUGUUUCGAUACAGUUUUUCAGAGAUCAAAAUUUAAGGGUUGAAAUAUAUUUGUAUUUUAUUUUUAUUUAAACAUACCGAAUUUGUUAUUGUCAUGGAGGUUCAGUUAUUUGCCAAACACCAUACUUAAAGUUCGCUAUGUUGGAUUUUCAAAUAUAUAGUAGGCCUAAUUCGUCUUUAACUGAUGUAUCGUUGUCAUGGUAUUAUCGAUUUUACUUAAAACUUCAUUAGUGGUUAGAAUGUUAUGGCAUAGAUCGAAGAUAAAAUCACUUUUAAGAGGUCCUGUGAUUAAAAAAUAUCUGUAUCGAAAACACCUCGAGGCCGCAAGCUCAUUUGUGAGACCCUUCUCGUCUAAACCGCUCUCUCGAAUCCCGUCUAGCAUCUACGCCACAGACAAAAUAGGAACUGCAAGCAGUCCAGAGGGCUUCAUCUGAACUUGGAAAUUCCAAAUUGAUCAGUUCACCAAAUUAACUGACAACCCGCAACAUGGACGAGUAACAGCAGUUUUUAAAAACGCCGAUGUUAUAGUUUUGGCAGCAUGAGUUAUGUGUAUUUUAUACUAGAGGUUACAGAUCAUAACGAUAAUGCUGCAAGCAGAUGCUGGGCAGUAGAACAUAACGGAAGUAGUAAAUGUAUAACUAUAGAGAUUUUGAUAAUUUCAUAAAUUUAUUUAUUGGUCAAUUUUCACUAAUCAUUUUAGAAUUAUAUAACAUUAAAACUUCUUUGUAAUUGCAUGUGAUGUGAAAAAUGCAAAUAUUUUGAAAGGUAACUAAAUGAAAACAAUAGGCUGAGAUAUAAAAUAAAAAUAAAACAAUAGGCUGUUUAAACACAACGCGUGAAAUUUUUUGAAAAUAUUUACAAAAUUACAACAGGAUAAUAAUAGUCUAGGAAAGGUUGAUGUCAAGUAAGCUCUUAAUAGAGUCAUACUGAAUGUUUACAUAUGUACAGAAUAAUUUAACAAAUUUUAAAUGUAAAGUAAACGAAGGAAAUUAGGAUUAAGGAUAAUAGUUAGAGCUCCUUGCAACAACUCAACAACAACAAAAAAAGCCAUAAUUUUAAAUAGCUAAUAUCAUGAAUGGAUACAGACACAACUGUUUUGCAAUUCGACGCUAAGAAUGACAAUAAGAGUAACUUUGAACAUCAAGGUAACUAAAUUAAAAUAUGAUAACAGGCUGAGAGAGAUAUGGUAUUGUCUUCUUGCUGUAAAUGGUUAAAAAUACGUCCGGCAAACUCUGAGCACGUAACAACGCUGAAAAACUCAUAAAAGAACAUUGUCCUCCUCGUGAAAUGUCACUAAAUCGUUUGUGACCUUCAUGAAUACUUCCAGCAACAAAAAAGUUUGAGUUUAGCAAGAUACAUUUGCAAAUGGAACGCACUCACCUUGACAUCGAAGAAGCUAAGUAAGAGAGGGGAGCUCGCGCUACGCAUCCAGAUCCAGGCGCAUCUAAGUUAUGAUAACACCGCUGGACAUAAACUUGCUCAAAAUCAUCGCGACAAACAAAAAUCGAGACUGUUCGAAUAAGAUAAGGUAGUGAACCCAGGAAACUACGGGCCUGCCAAAGAUUAGUGUGCUGCACGCCCGGGGACUCGCAGCAAGGAGCUCGCAGCAAUAAAAUUUAUUUGUUACUUUAAAUGUUUCAUUUCCUUGUUUUAACAAGUUCUCUGUGUUGUUAUAAUUAAUAUUUUGUCUAACUUUUUAAUUAUGUUUUAAUUCAUUUAAUUGCUUUCUCGUUGUAGUCAUGAAGUUUACGUUACUGAUUUCUGUACAGGGUUCAGCAGUGGUAUGUGAGAAAAUCGUACGCGGAGAUGUCCAGCAUCUUAAAAAACUUCUUCGCCUCAACCAUCCUCAACUUUCUCGAAUUGAAAAGUUGGAAUUUUCUGACGCACAUUUCAUCAACUGUGAAAUAGUAAGCAACCUCACAAACGCAUCAGGCGUGCUUACAUUCAUAACUAAAAAUAUUAUACAAUAAAAACCUACAUCCUGAGGUAAAUUCGGAAAUUUUUAUUUUUCUUCAGCACCAAUAGCACUUGACGCUUUAAAGCGUUUGGUUUUUUUUUGCUUAUUCUUAACCCUUUAAGUCCCAAGAGUGACCAACAUCAAUUUUCUCCUAACAAUACUAAUACAUAAUCAUGAGACUGGGUUAUGACAAUUAAUAAAAUCAGGACUUUAGUGAAAAUCCUUUGAUCUUAAAACAAAUUCUCCCAACUAGUUUUUCAAGGAAACGUCUAGAGAUCAGUGUGGAGAAUGUUUAUGUUGAUGUUGGGACUUAAUAUAAAGGGUUAACUUCCGGAUCUUUGUCAUUUUCUCAGAAAAGUAAUAGUUAAUUUUGAACCUUUUGCAUUUUGGAGUUGUUGUAGACCAUUUGGUUUAACCGCAGGAAUCUAACACUAGAAAUGUCUUUAUAACAAACUGAAAUACCGGCCUCGUUGUCUAUCUUUUGCAGAUCUCAUCUCAAUGUCGUUACGGGGACCUUAAAGAAUUCGUACUUGACAGAAAAUGCAAAAAGGAGGAAAUUAUCUGCUUUCUUUCCCAGGUGGCGUCAGCUCUUCACUACCUUCAUCUAAACCACAUCGUACAUGGGGAUCUUCGGGCUCAGUAUGUCAUCGUAAUUUCACGGGAUAAGGUACCUGAUUUCGUCGAGGUCGCAUGUGCAAAACCGUCUACCGUUAAAAUUUUGUCAUAGGAAAUUAUUUUUCUUUUACGCUUGUCGAGACGUUUCACCCCAUCUGGUACCUUUUCCCGCCAAUCUUUUCUUGGGUUACCAUGAGAAGAUACACUGUAUGACUAGAAAAAAAGUAAGGCUCAAGCCCAGUUGUUCGAGGGCCGAUUAGCGCUAACCCAGGUAAUUUUCUCUAUUCCUUUUAGAGCAUCCAAUCAUCAAAUUGUAGAUAAAAAGAGUAAAACUGAAUUGUCUUUUUUAACUGCUUUUAUUUCUGAAUUCAAAUUUUGCACUAACCCGCGCCUGGGUUAUCUUAACCCAGCUUUGAACAACCCGGCCCAGAAGUCAAAACGUGCUCUGAUAAUCGAGAUUUAUCGUAGCGAAGUUUAAACUAGCGAAGCGAAGAAGCGAAGAUUUAUCGUAGCGAAGUUUGAACUAGUUACAAGCCGAAAUCGUGAUUGUAGACCCUAAGCCAUAUCAGAGCACUCAUUUGUUAUAUAUACCAUUGAGAAUUCACCGAUGGAAUUUUCCAGGGAAAGCCAAACCUGACAUCGACGCAUACUUCCGAAUUCGAACAUCAGUAGAGGUGAGAAAUGAUACGAAGUCUGAAUCAUUGUCGAAGGUUCAAGGUCGAGAAAGCUUGAUUUUCCAAACAUAUGUAACCUUUUCCAUCGAUUUUUCAAAUAUAUUUCUGAAACUCAUUAAUAAUUAAUCAAGUGAUAAACCAAUUGCGUGCCCGCAUUUAGGUCACAUGGAUGCACCUUGAUACCGCGGUAAAGAACAGCGUGUUUGGAGAUCCAAACACGUGUGCUUGGAAAUCAGUUAGAAAAAGCAAUACACAACUUAAACAAACUUUAUUACUUCUAUUGUUUCGUGGCGUCUUUCAUUUCUGCGUCUAAGCAUCGACGAAAAAUAGCAAACCUGAGAAGUAGUAAAUCAUAAAUUUCGUAAACAUUCUAAGUUUCUAUAUCACAUAAAGCACACUAGAUUAAAGUAUAACUUCUGCAAACUUACCUCUUAUCACUGCUGUCUAAAGGAUUCAAUGCAUUCCCUCCAUUUACGUCCUCCAAAUACGGCUUUAAGCCACAAACAAUUCCAUACAAGGAACGAGACGGAUAGCGACCACCGUUCUUAUUAGCAACUUCUUGGACGAAUUUUGUGAGACAAUAGUUUAGGGAAAGACUAUCCAGGUCCUCCAACUUCUCUUCGAGACUUUGCACACGGUGAACAUCAUAAUCUUUGAACACGCUUCCCGCGUCAAGUAUACAGAAUUUUUGCUCGCGCGCCGCUUGCCAAGUUCUGAAAACCUCAACGGCCCACUUGUCUUUAUACUGUGUACUUUUAGGCUUGGACUCUACAAGCAAAGAAUCUUCUUCUUGCAUACUUUUAGGCAGUCGAAAUCGGCAAGAUUCAUCCUCAGCUAACCCGUCCGUGUUUCGGAACUAGCAGAACGCCACUGAAUGCAAAUUGUGACCACUUGAAAUAAACAAGCGUCAGUUGUGAAAAACACGGACAUUAUCAUCACAAACUACGCCCUGAUUAAACAAAAGAAGGCCAAAAUCACAUGCUUAUGUGAUUUUUGCUUUCUUUUGUUCUUUCGCUUUCUUUUUUUCUUUUGUUUACAAUUAGGCGCCGAUUGAGAAGCCAUUUCAAAAACUCGUGCUUCGUGUUUUACCGGUGUUUCCAAACACUCGAAAAGAAUAAAAUCAGUUUUCAUCAUCAGUUUUCUCGUGUCUGGAAACCCCGGUAAAACACUUGCACUCGUUUUUGAAAUAUUACAUAACGAUUAUUUUCUCGCCAAUGUUAUUGAUGCAUUUCUCUCGUUAUUUUGGCAAACGAAGCUAAGGAGAUGGCGCCUACUCGUUUCUCACCUCUUCUGUUCAUGUUCCUUUGGAUAUUGUUUUUAAAUGUAAUAGGAUGAGUAAACGUUUGCUCAAAGAGAGGUUUUCUGUAAAAUAUCGAAGUCGUCUACUAUGUUGGAAAUUAAGCCCCGUUGGUGCGUUCCCUUCAUUAAUAUACACAAGGGUCGAGUCCAUGACGUCACCCAUUGUUAUAACCUAGGGAAAAAAUGUGUUCCUCCAUCAAAUUAUGUGCCUUCCUCCAUAUAUAAUGAAGUGGAAAGUCGUUUCUUGAAAGAACACAAUAGGCACAAUAGGCUUGCCUCGACUUGCCCGUGAAGUAACUUGAGCCUGGUUUACGGACCGUCUAUUAAAAGGAAAAUAGGAAUAAGAGGAGCGAUCACCUAGCAACGCGAGAAACGGCUUCCUAUAUCUUAUUUAUUUAUAUAAACAAAACGCAUCCACAAAGUGGAGUUGAAAAGUCUUUAUUUCAGUUUAGUUUAUGUCUUCUCAUUUAGCGCUAAAACUCGGAUAUAUAAACUGGACAAAAGGACUAAAGAACUAGCGAUGGUGGUGAAAGACAUUGGUGCGUUAAGGGACUCAUUCGAGCCCUGAUUGGAUGCAGUGUGAUGGAAAUUUGCAUGGACCGAGAUUAAAAACUCUAGUGUUUAAAAAUAUAAGUGAGAACAGUUUAGAACUUGGAAAGACUUGGACAGAGAGACAAUUUUCGUUUAUUCGAUUAAUAGUUUUUGAAUUCGCUUGGUAGUUUUUUUGUGAAUUUGAAUUCGGUCAAAUUGUAAAAUUCGUAGCUAAGAGUUUGUGAACAAUUUUUGAAUAUAGUUCAUUAUCGUGAACAUUAACAAAACAAACACACAUAUACACAAAGUGGAGCUAAAAAGUCUCUAUUUCAAUUGUGUCUGACUAUUACAGAACCGCGCUUUCUCCUAUCUAUCUCGAGGAAAUGAAAAACUAUUGAAGUCUCAGCGUUUCACGCGCCGUUAGUCAGGUAAUUAUGCGAGUUCACAAGCCCACCGUUGCAUACAAAUUAGCUCUGCAGUAAAAACCCCAAGGGGGCAUCUUGACUUAUUAUUAUAAAAACACAAAAAAAAAACCAAUUGAUAAUUUAACAAGGAUCAAUUGAAACACGCGACUAAUAAUUGCUAGCAAUAAAACCAGACAAGUUUCUUAAGACACAAGAAAUCACCUUUAUGACCCUUUAUUAAAAUAAUUGCAAAAAGAUUAGAUUAAAGAUUCUAUUAAAAUAGUCAAAGAAGGCAAGCCAUCCUUUUUUUUUUUUACACUGCGCACAAUGUUUUACUUACCCCUCUCCCUUUUCAAUUUUAUUUCCCUCCUUAAUUUUUUUAUUCCCAUCCACAAAUACAUCGACCUCCUAUCGACCCUACAUCGGCCCCAUAUCGACCCUACACUCAACUUUUUUUAACACAGCUUCGAAUUCGUGAAUAGUGAAACUAUAAACCCCCACCGCCACCACAUUUCUAUUGUUUUCCUCCACCUCCACCACCACCACCGCCACCGCCACAUUUGUAUUGUUUUCCCUCCACCACCACCACCAUCACCACCACCACAUUUGUAUUGUUUUCCCUCCAACACCACCACCACAUUUCUAUUGUUUUCGUUCCACCACCACCACCGCCACCGCCACAUUUCUAUUGUUUUCCUCCACCACCACCACCAUCACCACCACCACAUUUCUAUUGUUUUCGUUCCACCACCACCACCGCCACCGCCACAUUUCUAUUGUUUUCCCUCCACCACCACCACCAUCACCACCACCACAUUUCUAUUGUUUUCGUUCCACCACCACCACCGCCACCGCCACAUUUCUAUUGUUUCCCUCCUUGAGUUUGGCCUUUUAGGCCUGAUUUUGGCCUCUUUGGCCUUUUGAGGGAAAACAAUAGAAAUAUGGCGGUUGUGGUGAUGGUGGUGGAAAGAAAACAAUAGAAAUGUGGUGGUGGUGGUGGAGGAAAAACAAUAGCAAUGUGGUGGUGGUGGUGGUGGAGGGAAACCAAUAGAAAUGUGGUGGUGGUGGUGGUGCAGGGAAAACAAUACAAAUGUGGCGGUGGCGGUGGUGGUGUUGGAGGAGAACAAUAAAAAUGUGGUGGCGGUGGUGGUGGUGGAGGGAAAACAAUAGAAAUGUGGUGGUGGUGCAGGGAAACAAUACAAAUGUGGCAGUGGCGGGGGUGGUAUUGGAGGAAAACAAUAGAAAUGUGGUUGCGGUGGUGGUCUAUAGUUUCACUAUUCACGAAGCUGUGUUAAAAAAAGUUGAGUGUAGGGUCGAUGUGGGGUCGAUGUAGGGUCGAUAGGAGGUCGAUAUAUUUGUGGAUGGAAAAAUGUAUAGAAUAAAUGAGCAGGUGGAGGUGGAGGAGGGGAAUAAAAAACAUUGAGGAGGGAAAAUAAUAAAAAUUGUAGAGGAGGGAAUAAAAACAUUGAGGAGGGAAAAUAAUAAAAUUGUGGAGGAGGGAAUAAAAAAUUAAGGAGGGAAAUAAAAUUGAAAAGGGAGAGGGGUAAGUAAAACAUUGUGCGCAGUGUAAAAAAAAAGGAUGGCUUGCCUUCUUUGACUAUUUUAAUAGAAUCUUUAAUCUAAUCUUUUUUGCAGUUAUUUUAAUAAAGGGUCAUAAAGUUGAUUUCUUGUGUCUUAAGAAACCUGUCUGGUUUUAUUGCUAGCAAUUAUUAGUCGCGUGUUUCAAUUGAUCCUUGUUAAAUUAUCAAUUGGUUUUUUGUGUGUUUUUAUAAUAAUAAGUCAAGAUGUUCCCCUGGGGGUUUUUACUGCAGAGCUAAUUUGUAUGCAACGGUGGGCUUGUGAACUCGCAUAAUUACCUGACUAACGGCGCGUGAAACUCUGAGACUUUAAUAGUUUUUCAUUUCCUCGAGAUAGAUAGGAGAAAACGCGGUUCUGUAAUAGUCAGACACAAUUGAAAUAGAGACUUUUUAGCUCCACUUUGUGUAUAUGUGUUUUUAUUUCCUUUAUGUUCACGAUAAUGAACUAUAUUCAAAAUUGUUCACAAACUCUUAGCUACGAAUUUUACAAUUUGACCGAAUUCAAAUUCACAAAAGACUACCAAGCGAAUUCAAAAACUAUUAAUCGAAUAAACGAAAAUUGUCUCUCUGUCCAAGUCCUUCCAAGUUCUAAACUGUUCUCACUUAUAUUUUUUUAAACACUAGAGUUUUUAAUCUCGAUCAAUGCAAAUUUCCAUCACACUGCAUCCAAUCAGGGCUCGAAUGAGUCCCUUAACGCACCAAUGUCUUUCACCACCAUCGCUAGUUCAUUAGUCCUUUUGUCCAGUUUAUAUAUCCGAGUUUUAGCGCUAAUGAAAAGACAUAAACUAAAUUGAAAUAAAGACUUUUCAACUCCACUUUGUGUAUGCGUUUUGUUUAUAUAUCUGAGUCUUAGCGCUAAAUAAGAUAUAGGAAGCCGUUUCUCGCGUUGCUAGUUGAUCGCUCCUCUUAUUCCUAUUUUCCUUUUAAUAGACGGUCCGUAAACCAGGCUCAAGUUACUUCACGGGCAAGUCGAGGCAAGCCUAUUGUGCCUAUUGUGUUCUUUCAAGAAACGACUAUCCACUCCAUUAUAUAUGGAGGAAGGCACAUAAUUAGAUGGAGGAACGCAUUUUUUCCCUAGGUUAUAACAAUGGGUGACGUCAUGGACUCGACCUUAUGCAUAUUAACAAAGAGAACGCACACGGAACGCAAAGGGACGCACCAACGGGGCUUAAUUUCCAACAUAGUAGACUACUUAUCGAGGAUUGAAUGAAACACUAGGUAUGAUUGAAGGGGAUUUCUAGAUGUAUCCGACGCGUACAUUUGAUUCGGGUUGAGGUAAACGCUUUUCAAACUGGCAAAAGUAGUGUCCAGGUCAGCGCGGUCCCAUAGCUGACUCUGUCCCUUUAAGUGGAAAGGGUUUCAAUAGUUUGACAGCCGAAAUCUAAUUAUCUCAAUCUUGCCAAAAGUGGGCCGAAGACGGUCGUAAAAGAAAUGAUUAUAGGUUCUCAUUCCUUUCCUUUUUUCCUAUUUCCCUCCUCGCAAACUUUUCGCGUUCCUUUCGACAGUGUCUGAGAGCCCAGAACAGGCUAAUGAAGAUGAUGUGAACUGUGGAAAUACAGUGGUAAUUGCAGUUUAAGCAAUUGCAAAUUCACCUGAAAACAAUUUCGGGACUUCAACGAGAUUCGAACCCAUGGCCUCUACGUAAGCGCUGCAGGGCUCUACCACUUGAGCUAUGAAGUCCCAUAGAUGGGGAGCAGGCCAAAUUGUUGAGUUCAUCUUAACCAGUGAUAGGAAUGAAACAUGAAAGUUUUUUUUUCGGGUUUAUUUGCAGUUGCCUAAUUUGCAAUUACCACUGCGACGAUCAUAUCUUCAUUUAAAAACCUGUCUUAUUUUGUUCAGUUACUAAUGAUACAAAGAUUAAUGAAGGUGAACUAUAGUCCUGCGUACACGGCAAAUGUGCGGGCUGUCACUUGUAACCUUCAGUCCCAGCUAUAUGUCUGUAAAACUACCCCACACGUAUUUACCAGGGUAAGCCUUUUAAAUCGUCAAUUCCAUGAAACAUUUGAAGAGUCCAGAUUCUUGUACAAAUCUAUCAUGUAGUACAGAUUAUAUGUCUUCUUUUUCAGGGGAAAUCUUUUUCAAAGGUGCAGGUUUCUCGACUGGGUCGCUCUAAGUCUCUCCCUCUGCUCAGUGGAUGUGAUAAAACCAGUACAUCAUGUGUUGCACAGGAUGUUUUGCCUCCUGACUCAACUCGUUGGUAAGUAAUUUACAGUUUGAUUGGGUCGCUAUCUAGAACAGUAAUAACAGCUAUUUUGUAAGCCUACAUGAAAUGCGAUUUUCCGAUUUGGGUCACCUGACAAUGAGUGUCUCACAAACUCAAAAACCGGGCAAUUUGGGUUUACCAUCCGUAUUUUGCCACAUAUAAGCACGCUUAUGUCAUUUUACAGCAUGGAAACUUAUUCUGGUCUCAAAUGGUACUUUUCAAAGUAGGCCCUUAGUUACAGCCCAAUCAUAAAAAAGGGUUCCGUCACAAAAAAGGACGGCAAAACUGUGGACAGAUCACCGCUCCCUUGUCGCUUUUAAAUCGUUUCCAGCUGUUUUUUCUGCCCAGUUAAUGAUCUGCGAUUACCGUUAAGGCAUGUUGUUUGUGUAGCCGUUUUAGCGGUCAACAAGACAAGAAAUGUUUUUGGAGAUGGAAAGCGGUUUGGACCAUUAAAUGCUUGCAUUCGUCAAAUAGCAGUUAACUUACGACUAGCGCUUGCCGUGUUUUUAUUUAAUUAGCGGUUAUUUGGCUAUUUUGUCCUCGCAAACAGUGUGUAACAUUUGCCAUUUUCUCCAACUCUGCAUUGCCAAAAUCAACAGACGGAGUCUUUGCAUUUAAUACAUCUGCGCCCCAUCUUCAGUCUAGUAUUUUACGAUUAACGUCUACGGUAAAAUAGAAAGAAACAUCUUCCAAAUUUGCCAACGUUAGGUGGAUGUAAAGAAUAAGAUAUGCUAUUUAGCAAGAGACUAUAAAGGGGACAGAGAGGGCAUCCCCCAUAUACACCCUAUUCCAUAGGUAAUUCGUCUCGAGUUAUUUUUAGAAUCGGGAUAAAGUUACCUCGCGCGAGGCGCGGAUGUUUCGUGGAGGUUUCGCAUGACCAAACGCCGUGCAAAACAUGUCGGGCGAGAGGCAAUGAAAGCGUAAAAAGAUCGAGAGCAUUCCUGAAUAUUGAAGCGAAAUGAGUCGGCGCUCACCUGAGAAAAAGGAAUCGCUGGACUCUUUGACAACCCGUGAAAUCAGUUUAACUCGAAGUUGUCGUAACCUCAGUGCUUUAAUAAAAUGAGAAAUUUCGCCGGUCUAUUGAAACCGGUCGUUUGUACAAUUUAGGGAGUUUAAGAUCCAACGACGCAGACGACAACUAGAACGUCAAAAAAACAAUAGGUUUAAUUAGCAAAACAACAACUUCGCACGUGCAAUACACUUUUUUUUUCAUUUCUUUCCCGUUUUUGCACGACUACGACGUGAAAAUGCCUAAUUUCGCGUUUUAUGGAGGACGUAAAUAAGCAACGACGAAAUUUUAUUUCUCUUUCUGAGCUUGAAUAUGGUCCCUUGAAAUUCAGCUUUAGGAGGGUUCGCCUACAAUUGACAAAGUAAGUGGGUAGGAAUAAUCGCUAUAAAGACUGAAAAAAAUAAACAUCAAACCAGAAAUUGCUCUCUUCAAACUGUAAAUUAUAAAUGAUCCUGAGAGAAUAUUCAGUGUGUUAAGGAUUUCCCUGCUCUACUGUUAGCUCUAUACAAGAGAGGAAGGGCGAUUCUUUUUUAAUUUCGGUUUCGCUGACACAGCUUUCGCAGAAAUCUCGCUGUAGUCGUUUUCGUCGUCAAAAGGAAUAGCAAAAUCGCUCUCCGCGUCUUCCCCCAUUUUGUUCUGCGUCAUUUUGUGAAGGACGCGUGGUUCUCAGCGUGGGUCAUCCACGCGGAACACAUUCGCGCUAUGUGAUUGGCUGUUGUCUAAUCCCCCUUGAGAUCUGUGGUGUUAAAAAUAACUCAAGACGAAUUACCUAUGGAAUAGGGUGUAUAUGGAGGAUGCCCUCUCUGUCCCCUUUAUAGUCUCUUGUAUUUAGGCAUUUUAGCAACGAAAAAUGUUACUUUUUUAUCAUAAUUAUUUUUGAUAUGAAUGGUGAUAUCAAAAUAAAUGCUUUCAAUUGUUAGGAGUGCACCAGAGAUUAUUUCAGAUGGACUCUAUACUCACGCUAGCGACGUAUGGGCUUUUGGUAUCUUAGCCUGGGAACUUUACGCAUCCUACGAAAAUGGUCAAGAACAGCGACAUCUCUCACUGCCCUAUUUUUUCCUAAAAAACGAACAGGUAAUUUUCAAUCCCUUUUUGUCCAGUCAAGAUUUCUUUUAAUUUUUCUCAACGCCAUUGAGGAGUGGGACGGGAACUACUUGUUGGAAACAGGGACUCAGUAUGACGUCAGUAUCACGUGUUUUCGUUUCAGAAAAAACCCAAUCUCGUUCCCAGAGGCCGCGAUCCUUUCGCUGGACAAUGCAACGCGGACUCUGGGAAUGAGAUUGGAAAAUAACCCAACCCCACAAACUGUUCUCUUGCUCGUAGAUUCAGAAUGUUUUCUGAUGUAGUCUCUGAUUGUUAUUCUGAGAAACUGAUGUAUUGCUAGUGUGAAGGUUUUGAAUUAUAAUCUUGAAGAUCAUCUGAAGAAAGUCUACGAUUGUGUCCGUUUUAUUCACUAGUAAACAACACACAAAAAAUCGGACGAAAUCAGUUAGGUAUAAACGGUAUUCUCAGUCUUAAGUAGCCUGUGUAGCGGGCGGUAUUGUCUCGGUGCGCGAUUUAAGUUUUUGCGGCGGAGCCGUGAUCCAAAAAAGGAAGUGGGGACGAGGCUAUUUCUCGCGGCUUACGCCGCCAAAUCUCACUCGACUACUACACAAUACCGCCAGCUACGCAGGCUAAGUAUCAAGUUACCCACAAUCUUUCUCUGUGGAUUUUUACUUUUUUGAAACAGUUAACAAAAACGUCUAAAAAUCCUGAUAGCUUAUUGAUAUUUUCAAUGUCUCGUGAAGCUAUAUAAAAAUGCCACAAAAGUCCGAGUUAUGAAGUUAGACCAAAAGUUUGGGAUCUACAAGUAACUUGACGUACAACGUGGUCGUACCUAUCUGUUCCCCAGAUUUUGCCUUAUAUGUGUGACAAAGGACCACUGGAGCAACCAAAAGACUGUCCUCACUGGGUUUAUAUCAUAAUGCAUCAGUGCUGGGCGUUUAAGUCUGUACAGAGGCCACCCUUCAUUGCCAUUUAUGACUGCCUCACGAGCAGGUAUCAGUAAUAGUUGGCGGCGCUCUAUUUUAACUAUUAAGUUUUUGGUGAACUACUUCUGUCCAUAGAAGUUUAAAACAAUUAUUUUGCUCUAACCGGCUUAUGUUAAUAUGUGUAAUCAUUUGAUGACCAGUGAAAUUAGGGAAUAAUUUCACGCGCGUUUCAGUUGUCCAAAUCCUCAUAAUUAUUAGGAUAUGGACAAAACGCACUUGAAAUUAUUCCCUAUUUUCAAGUGUAUACUAUUUGAUAACCUGAAAACAUCUAGCCGUUCGCAUAGUAGAGCGCGGGAGAAAAAUUCACCAAAAAAAAAACGAGGGGAGACUAGAGAGGGAAAGGAAGAGAGAACUUUCGAUGUCGCGCCCCCCCGUUUCCCCCUCCCCCGUUUUCCCGGUGUACAACUUAAUUCGCUCCCCACUUACCGCCGCGCUCUACUAUCUGAACGCCUGGAACAGGCUAAAUAACAUCAAGGGUGACGAAUUACGUUCGCAAUUGUGAGUUUUUGACAUGUUUAUCCUGGUUUUAUCGUAUUGCGAUCGAGAAGUCCACGCUCUCAAAAGUUUAGAGCUUCAUUCUGGCAUGAGUAGUGCAGAAUUUUCAGAAUGUUUCGAUGAUACCUGCUAGAAUCCUUCUUGAUGUGCUCUUUCGUGUGUUUAGGUCCUUUAAUGCUCCAACAUCUUCAUUCAUAAAAUUUUGACACUUCGUCGACAUCUUGGCAGUGAGACGUUCGGAAGGUCAGGAUCUCAAAGGGGGGUGGCCGGAGCCCGGGAGCCCUAUGAUUUUUUCCGUGGAGCCCGGAGCCCCAUCGCUUCGUUGCUCUGGAGUCCUAAUACUAUUUUACUGUAGAGCCUGGAACCCUCAAAACGUUUGCUGCGGAGCCCGUAGCCCCAAAUAUUAAAAUUCGGACAUUCCUGCACACAGAAAGCGUCACAACGUGCUUUGUUUGUUGUUUUCUGGGAAUCGGAACGAAGAUAGUAAAAAAAACAGUAAAAUAGACUGAGGCUAACUAACAUAUAAUGAUGCUAUUCUGGGCGUACGCUGCAAUCCACACUUACUACUUUUUAACUGAAUCAUUUAUAAAGGUUAAAAUUCUAAAUUACUGAGAUAUAUACUAUAUAUAUAUUCAGGUUUUUAAGCUUUUGUCCUACCUAGACAUUGGAAAAAUCCACAUAGUACCCUUCGACUGUAGACAGUGUCUCAAGUGUCAGAUAUUUUUUACAGCAACAAUCUGGUUCUCAUGUUAGUCUUCGUCAAAUGUCGUCUGCAUAUGUCUGGCCAGGAAUUACUGUUAUUUGUAAGCCAGCAAUACAAAAUCAAAUUAAAAGAAAGUUACCGUCUUGGACACGUUUCCUGGCUCUUCUUGAUCUUCUCGUUGAAACUUCCUCCUGCUCAGGCUCUUCUUUAUCUCCUUCUUCUGCCAUAAAUUCUCUUUCUGUGGGCGUCAUUGUAUCACCCUCGUCUAAUGCCAAGAGCAUUGUCUUUUCAUACCACUCUUCAUGAACUCUUACGGUCCCCUCUUCAACUUUAACGUAUAGGCAAUGCUAUACUCUGGAAUUCCUUGCGAUACAAUACUGGCGUACCAGAAUCCGUGAAAUGAAAGGGUAGAAGAUCCUCUGAGAACCAGAGGCAUUUGUACCUAGUUUUAACUGGAUCACUAGCUAAAACAUCCUCUUCAAAUCUUACGAUAAAAAAACGGACAGGAUUUUGUGGCCAGUACUUUUGGUGCGCAGCCUUGUACCACAGAUGCAAAAUCACCCUUUUUUGCAACAGCGGAAGUGGUUUCCUGUUCACGAUUCUCAUUAGUACUUGUCUCUUCGUGUAGUGAAGAUGGCAAGGUAUUAUCUUGGAGUUGAAAAAAUUGAAGAUUUCUGUAGGACCAAUCUCUUCUUCGUACGCAUUUACAGGUAGUGUACCCGACCGAUCUUUUGUGCUCAUGUUUGAAACACUUUGCUGACGAACGCUUUGCCAAUAUCAUAUUGUUGUCUCCACUCCCUCAUCCUAGCAACAUCUGGAGACGUCGUGUAGGCCGUGGUUUACGGUCAAGUAAUUUUUAAAUUCGGAAAUCGAUCUUCCAGUGCGAUCGCCUUUCAAAAUAAAACUCCACCGAUGACAAGCUUUCUCUGCUGCCAGUUUAUAAAAACACCCUGUUACAUCAAGCAAACACUGUUUUCUCGUAGGUUUAUUGGAUCCUUGACCUUCUCUUUCUUCCUCUGCAAUCGACAUGACUUUUUUCACGUGAAACUACUGACGAAAAUGCCACGACGAAGAGACUUUUCAAACUUUGGAUCUGUCACAUCGUGGUUUGAAAAAAAUCUUGCUCUUGCCUAUGGAGGCCCCUUCAGGUCAAAAUUAAUACAAUAAAAUGGCAUCACAAGUGACCUUUUUGGCCAGUUGAGCAUUUAUUAUGGACCCGUUGUGUAUUUUUGUCAUCACUUCACAGGAUUUUUUUAGUGUGUUGUUAAUUUUUUUAGCUGCAUGAAUUAUUUUUUAUUAAGGCUGUUUACUUUUUUUAUGUUGUUGUAUGUUAUCAAAUUUUUCACGCGUACCACAAAGGAAUUUAUUUGCCUGCAAAUAAAAAUGUUUAUGUCACCUAGUCACGCAAUAAUUUAUGUUAGUUUGCUAAGAGGGGCACUUAUUCCUAGUCACGCAUUCACCUUUAAUAGGUAAUCGGCAGGGAAGAGCUGUGAGCAGGGUCCAAUUUGACACAAAAUAGUCAAGUAUUGAUCACACGAUUAUCACGAGAUCAAUCGGAAAAUUACUAGCCGGGAAAUCACUAGCUGGUAAAUUACUUGCCGGAAUAUUACUUGCUGUAAAACUACUAGUCACGAGCUCGUUCGGAAAAGUACUUGGCCUCGACUUCAGGUUAGGGUAUAAGACAAGCUGUGUUCCCCAAAGUCUUCCUCUUGGUCUCCUGACGUAACAAGCUUUGCGAAUUUGACCCUCCUCCUCUGUUCCUCCGCCUCUUUUUUAAUAGUACUUUAUUUACUCUGGAUUCCUUUUUUCUCCGCAUUCACCUUUGCCAGAGCGUAAAAAAUCAAAUAAUCAUAACUAAUUAAAUUUGUUUGAAGAUGUUAUAUUUAAUCAAUAAAUCGGCCAUCUUGCGUGGCCAAAAUUAUACCCAAACACAUCGUUGUUCCUUAUUUCUUUAAGCGCUCUUGCAAACAUAGCUCGACUGAUGACCCCAGAAUUUAGCCAAAGGUUCUCUUUAUAAUAAAGGUAUAAAAGACAAGCAGGCAAGGAGGCAUAAAUAAUUUUUUAGUAGUUACCUCGAAUUAUUUUUAAUACAAGUAUUGAUAAUUAUUUUUUCAUCGUGCUGAUAAUUAUUUUCCGCUGUAUCGCGAUUUUAUUUUUGGGCCGACAAUGCUUUGCGGGCCUUGCAGUUGAAGUGGACUGGUUCGAGUCUUUGACUUCCUUGGGCGACCAUUUUGAAAACUUUGAAGUGGGGUAAGCGCUUGUUUUCAUAUCUCAAACCGCCCUCUCCCUUUUCACUUACACUUACAUGAAAUUUUCAAGUUCCUUGACUCAGAGACUUAGUUUCUGCUCAACAAAUGUCCAAAAAUACACAUGUCCAAAAUAUUUGCAUGAUACUGUUGCGAGAUUUCGUACCGGGGUGACAUUCUCGCCCCGGUACAACAACCGGGGUGAACUCACGCCGGGGUGACUCGCGCCGGCAUGGCAUUUUGUGGUGGUAUCAUGUAAACAAAUGUAGAGCCAUGAGAGGGAACCGGAGUGAACUCGCUCAGGCGCGAAAGUCGCCCCGGGGUCAUGUAAACACCCCCUUACGCAACAGGACGGGAGAGGAAAGAAGACUUUAAGUCUUGUUUGACAAGCGUGACAAUUUUGUUUGAAACAACUUUUCGCAAACGUCACUUUCCUUCAAACAGAUCUUUUGGUAAAGGACCAGAAAACAUUGUUGUUAAGUGAAGAUCGCGACAAAACACGCAAGUAAUAGCCCUGUCACGUUUGUCACACACAAGUGUAGUGCCGUCCUCUUCUUCUUGCCGUCCUGUUGCGUAAACUCACUAAUAUGGAGUAAUUCGUCACCAAUGAUAUCAACGUCGUAAUUUCGCGCAAAAAUUGAGGAAUAAUCCAGUUGUCAACAGUGAUAUUAUUUUAUUAUCUCAUUUAAGGGAACCAACGAGGUCUUGGCUCUUUGAUUUGUGGUUAAAGAAUCACAGUCCUCAAGAGUGGCCAAAUUUGCCUGUCCGUCAGCCAGAAGAUGCUUGGCACAUCUUAGAGAAAGAACUUCAUCCACUCAGGACAGAGAUUGAAAAUAUGUGCUCACAAGAUUUCUUUGCUACACAUGAUUAUUCCUAUUGUCAUAUUUCAGAUGACAGUAAGUCUUUCACAGAGCUGACUCAGGGCGUCGAAAAUCAAGCUGAUUUUGACGCAGAGAAUAGCAGCCAAUUCGAACCGUACCAAGUACCAAAGAGACUGAGUGAGGCAAGUGACUCAGAUAUCGUUGAAAAGUACCAUGAGAAUAUAUAUAAUACUGAGGAUAUAUAUGGUACUCUAACAGAAGAAAACGACGGAACUGGUGAUAAUCAAAAUUCUUCCGAAGAUUACGAGAAAGACUUCAAGAACGAGGGUUUGAAUUUAAGUAAACUAGAUUACUCGCUCCUCGGUGAGCGUGAGACACAGCUAUAA